AGCUGUUUCGUAUAAUUAGACCUACUAUUUAAUCACUUUAUGGGUGAUACAUGGACAUGAAAAACAGCUUGCUUGCAGUAACUUGCGGAUUCUGGCUCUCAAAGUGUUUCAUGUGAGGAAAGAAAAAUAUAUGCAAUCCGGUGGUGACUGUGAAUAUGGAGCUUUCCGUGGGCGGCUCCGCCACUCUCUGGCUUUGUAGCGAUGUUGCGGGUAGCGACGGCAUCCCUGUGUGUCUAUUGCCGCAGAGCACAAUCCUACCCCCUGGCCAGCAGGGGGCGCUGCUCCACCCCCGGGCCCGGUCUGGAGGAGAAUAAGCUGACAGUGGACGCGCUGUACGACCUGUCGGUGGACAUCCGCAAGAUCCGGAAGCUAAAGGGCUGGGUGCUGCGGCAGAGUCCCGCCUAUGUGCAGGAGACCGCCGCGCUGCUGCGGGAUCUGGGCGCAGAUGGGGCCGUGAUCGCCCGCGUGCUGGAGCAGCACCCCGAGGCCGUCCUCUGCCGCCCCGAGCAGGUGAGGGCCCAGCAGGAGCUGUGGACGUCCGUCUGCCCCAACAACAGGGACCUGGUGGGCAUCAUCGAGAAGUUCCCCGCCUCCUUCUUCACGGUACAUCACCAUGGCAACCAGAAGGCCAAUAUCCAGUACUUCCAGAGCCUUCGCUUGAACAAGCGCAUCAUUGGCAAGCUGAUGGCCAGCGCCCCUCAGAGCUUCAGCCACCCCGUGGAGCGUAACCGGGAGGUGGUGAGCACGCUGGAGGAGGCGUAUCUUAGUCUCGGGGGCGAGCAGGCCAACAUGAAGAUCUGGCUGCAGAAGCUGCUGAGUCAGAACCCCUUCGUCCUCAUGAAGCCCCCCGCAGCCAUCCGGGAGAACCUGGCGUUUCUGCGGGAGAGAGGCUUCAGCAGCACCGAGCUCCUCCGGCUCAUAUCCAAGCUGAGGGGCUUCUUCUCCGAGCUGAGCACAGACAGCAUGAGGGACACAUUGGCCUACUCGCAGGAGGUGCUGCGGUGCUCCGAGGAGGAGCUGAGGGAGACCGUCCUGAAGUGCCCCGCCUUGCUGUACUUCCCCGUGCCCGUCCUGGCUGACCGCUUCAAGGGCCUGCUGAGCGCUGGCGUGAGCAUGGCCCAGAUCAGGGACACGCCCACCGUGCUGGAGCUGACCACUCAGAUCGUGCUGUACCGCAUCCAGAAGCUGCGUUCCUAUGGUUACGAUGUCAGGACAGGCAGCCUGGAGGCUCUGAACGGGACGAAAAAGGAUUUUGAGAUGAGCCACGGCAGACUGCAGCUCCGUCAGGAGCGGCCACUCUUUAACCCCGUCGCGCCCCUGAAGGCGUCAGAGGAGUGACAUUCGAGGGGCAGCUCUGGGACGAAGGCGGGGGUGGGGGGGCUGUCGCCAGCAGGUGGCCCUCUCCCUUCAGAACGAGGGAAACUGCA